CAGUUUCAGCUUGUUUACUGAUACCAGCUACAGCGUAGAGUAAAAAUUAUUCACUUUUUAUCUAAAAAUUGGAAAAUUUAAAGCUCUACUUUUAUUAAAUACCAAACCUUUGUAUAGAUAAGCUGAUAUAAUUUGUGACUCACGUGAAGCUUAAAUUUUAAGCUAAUUAUAAAGAUAACCAAAGGUCUGUUAUGUAUAAGGAAUAGCUGCUUUUUACAGACGCCGGAUUUGUGAAGGAUCGGAUUUGCAGAAGAUGGAGUUAAAGCCAGUGCUUGGCUACUUUGGAUCAAAUAAGGAUGCCACCGACAUAACCGCUUGGGCAUUGGUCAUUCACUAUGCAUUCAAAGGCCAUGAAAAUAACAUGGAAAGGCUUGGCAAUGAGGCUGACGUGGAAAAUCUGAGGAGUACUUUUCUGAGGCGCGGAUGCCUUUUUUGUGAAAAAGGCUCUUUAAAAAAACAAGAGCUACAGGAAUUUUUCAAAGAUGAUUUAGCGCUGAAAAAAUUCUUUUUGGAAAGCGCGGAAACAAAAUUUGAAGUUGUCGGAACAGAAAAAGCGCCAGAUGUGCUUUUCCUCUUUAUUCUGUCUCAUGGUGAUGAAAAUGGAGAAAUUUACACUGAAGAAAAGAUUAAAAUACUGGACGGAAAACCCUUAUACCAAAGUUUCAACAUCGAAUUCAUUUUUGGCAAGCUUAAAGAAAUGAGCUUCCUGAAAGACUGUUUAAUUUCAGUAUUUCUUGGGCCGUGUCGAGGCACUGAAGAAGAGCAAAUUGUCCACACAUGCAGUUCAGAAGAUCAAAAAUUUGAGCCUGUACCAAGUGAUGCCAAUCGAUUUCUCAUAGAGCCAAAUAGCAAAAAUUUCAUUGUUGUAUAUUCAACCACAGAAAAGAUGGCGUCAAACCGAGAUUCCGACGGCACUUGGAUGGUAAAAAGCCUCUGCCUUGUGCUGAAUGGGUUGAACAGAGACAUGGAUAUCUUGGAGCUGCUUACUUCAGUGCAGCGCCACAUUGAUGGAAAAACUCGUGCACAUAACGAAGGCCAAACUUGCGAACUGCGAUAUUUUCCUCACCAAAGAUUUACAUUUUGCAGAUCUUUGGAUGAACCUGCCAAGAUAAUUGCGCGGGAUGGAAGAGCGGGAAACCUGGAUAACAUCAGAACUAUAGAUGGAAUUGAAUACUACAGUUGGAAUCCUGGGAGCAAACGCAAAGCUUACAUUUUCAAAAGCCAAGCUAGAGAUUCGUUCCAGCUGGAAGAAAAUUUGCAGAAUCUGUAUUUCACAGUUGAAACAAACCAUCUCCAAAACUUGAUUCCCACUUUAGAAAAAGUUGCGCACGGUGAAGAGAAGAUUGAAAACAUAUGCACGAUGGUCAUUGUUAUGGGUGCAAUAAUUGAGUCUAAAACGGCCACCCAGAAGGAAAUAUGUGUAGAUAUAGGCAAGACGAUUGUUCCAGUACAAAAUUUAACAAGAAUGUUCACCGGGAUUGAAAGCAGGAAACUUUUAGGAGAUCCAAAAUUCUUUUUCUUGCUAGAUGACUUAAAGAGACCACAGUUCACGGAUGGCACGAGCGAUAGAUUUGAAAUAUCAAGCGCAAACCACGCAGGAAUUUACUCAUUUCUUGCUAUUGGAGAAGAAGUUGUAAACGGCGUCAUAGAGGGUUUUGGUAGCCCAGAGUUAAGAACUGGUGGCAGCAUUCAAACAGAAAUGGCCAAAGUUAUUCGAAGCGCACCAAUAGAUAAAUCGCCGCUUUUGACGCAAGUUACAACUACACUUCCCUGCCUUGUUAGCUUCCCAGGUUGCGCAAAUGUUUACAUUCAGCCGAGUUUUGAAAUGCAAGGCAAGGUUCAAGACUUUGACGCCAUGAAAAUGCAAAUUACGACAGCAACGGAGAAAAGACCAAAAAUUUUGUGGCUAUUGAGUGCACAGUCGGGUAUGGGAAAAACUCUAGCAACGGAGGAAAUGUCCAAACGACUGCAGAACUCACUCUCGUCAUUUAAAAUUGUCACAAUCAACGCAGCCGAUUUGGAGCAUUACGAAUAUUUUGAGAGCUUGCUAGAAAAAGAGGUCGAGACUCCCGACGGCACUGAAUUUUUGAGGCGAAUUUUAGCAGCCCAACAUAACCAACUGGCCUCUAAAACGCAGGAGGAAUUGAUCGAGAAUGGAAAAAUCUUUGUGAUGAUUGAUCGGAUUGACGAAAUGACUGAAUCUGAGCACAAAGAGUUUCUCAUGAAAAUUGUUCAGCAAUUGUCAACCAAGUUCCACGUGUGGAUAGCAGCAAGGCCUGAAGAGGCAAGAAAUUUUGAAGAGGAAAUGAAGCUAGCAAACAUAAUUAAGUUUUCACUAAGUGGCUUCAAGAAAAAAGAUCAAAUAAAAUUUCUUAGAGCAAAGCUUUCUCUGCGUGAUGAUGAAAUACGGCAAAAACUAGAAAACUACAGGCAGAAAUCCACUAAUGAAGUAUUGGAGAAUCCGCUGCACCUGUAUUUGUUUGCCGACAUGAUCGCUGUUGACUUGCAGAGUGACAACCUCUAUGACAUUUACGACAAUUUUUUCAACGAAAGACUGAAAUACGUCAUGAAAAAUUACGAAUACCUGGACAUGACAAAACGACCGCACGUCAGUAAGCAGAUCAAAUUGAGAAAAGCAACACUUCGUAAGGCUGCCUGCUUGGUAGCGUUGCCUAAAAAAGUUUCUGAAAUUAAAAUUCACAAGACGGAAUUGAGUCAGGUUGAGAAGUUGGAUGAGUUGAUUGUUACUAGUGGAGCUAUUAGAUCAUUUCAACACCAAACCUACACAGAAUAUUUUUUGUCACAACUGUUCUUUGAGGAUCUAGAUACGGCACUGCUUGAAAAAAAUGACUUGAUUGAAUUCUUGACUCAGGUGAAUUUUAGGCAGGUUCGACUUUUCUUAGAUAACGCUUUUGUGACUCAUGAGGAAAAGUGCAAGAAAUUUCUCACAAGACUGCCACCUCUGAAUAUCUUGGCAAAAGAAAUGAAGCAAAAAAUUCUUUUAGUCAUUUGCAAAGAAGGGCUUGCGAAUCUAUUUGGGGCAUUUUACCAAUACGUGGAAAGCAACCCGUCAGAAAAUGCAUGGUUUGAAGAGAUACAACAUGAAUGCCUCUAUUAUGCUUGUCGCUCAAACGAAGAUAUCGCACUGUUAUUGAUCAAGAGUAAAAAUGACCUAGAAAAAAUGAUCAAAAAAUACUACAACCAAGAGUUUUCUUGUUUCCUCGAAUGUAUCAAAGCUGGAAGACUGCAAGUCAUGAAAAUUCUCAAUGAGUUAGGUGUUGAUUACAAAGGCCCGCAGGAUCAUCCUGUUGAUGAAACAUUAAUUAGAGAACCGCUGAACAACGCGAUUUCAGGGGGGAAAAGAGACUGCGCCGAAUACAUUUUUGAUUUGUAUAAAAAAGAAGACGAUCGGAUCAUCAGAGAAGCAUUUGAUUCAGCUUUCAAUCAGAGCACAAUCAGAACACUGAUUGAUUUGUAUUGCGACUCAAGUGCUGCGCGAAGACGGGAGCCAGAAGAUGACUACGAAAAUUUUCUAAAAGUAAACAAGACAUCAAUUCUUAAGAGCAUCUUGAACCGUGGCUCUGCAUUGUUUGUAGGGGUCAAGGAGGGUGCCUUAGACUGUGUAAAGCAAAUGGUUGAAAAGGGAGCUAAGGUCGAUGAACAAGAUAUCAACGGUUGGACACCACUGCACGUGGCUGCUAGUACGGCGCAACUCGAGUGCGGAGCGUUUCUCAUUGAAAAAGGUGCACAAGUGAACAUGUGCACAAAUGAGGGCAGACCACCUAUUUUCCACGUGUUUGACUUUCCGCACGUUGGAUUUGUAUCAAUGCUCUUCAAAAAUGGCUCUUUUGGUGAUUUCACAGACAAUGAGAAAAACAAUGUAUUGCACUACAUGCUUUCUAAAGGGACUGCAGAUUACCUUGAAUUCAUGCUGUCACAACCAAGAAUAAAAAAACUCUUAAACGAAACAAACAGCGCUGGAAAAACAGCACUGCAUAUAGCGGUUGAAAAGGGUUUAAAGAACGCUGUAGACAUACUGAUUGCAAGUGGAGCCAAUAUCAAUUUGAAAGAUAACUCUGACUCGACACCAUUGCACGCAGCAGUUACUUGUGGCAACCUUGAGAUUGUCAAGGUUUUCUGUUCAAGACAAGAACUCAAUCUAGAAAUGAAGAAUGCCAAUGGAGAUACCCCCGCUGUUCUAGCAAAGCAGCUGCAAAAAUGUGAAAUAGCAGAAUUCCUAGAAGAAACAUUAACAAAGAAAGGGAUCAAUCUAAAUAAAGCAGAUAAACACCGAAUCAAACGCCGAGAACAACAAAAUGAAAACACAAGCAAUCCAUACAAAGAUUUUCUCAACAACCCUAAUCAGGAGUAUAAGAACUCAAACUACAUACUAGAAGUAAGAGAUUCAAGUGGUAAUAUUCUCGAUUUAUCAUUUGAGGAGUAUAUAGAGACCAAAUUGAUGUUCCUGAACAAACCAUCUAGCAGUGAUUUUCAAGUUUUAAAUGCUCCUGAAAUGUACAUGGAUAGUAGCAUUUCAGAAAAUGAAAAUGCGGUGAAAAAUGGUCACGUUGAAAAAAUUUACAGCCCACAAACUUUUGAUUUCAUGCAGAAGCAAGGCAUUUUCGGAAAAUCUCUACUCCAUUUUGCAGCACGCUUUGGCCAAUCAAAUAUCCUUGAGCAUUUCUUGCAUCAAGAUAAAUCAAUGGUGAACCAUAAGGACCUGUUUGGGCUAACUCCAUUGCAUAUGGCCAUUAUAAGCGGAAAAACUGAUAUUCUGAAAUUACUUUUGGAAAAUGAAGCUGUUGUAAACGUAGAAAGUAAUAACGGAACAACUCCCUUGUGCCUCGCAUUCCUAAUGGGCUCACAACAAGCUAUUCAUACUCUUUUAACAUGCGAUAAUUUAAAUGUCAGUGAGGAAUACAAUGGAUUUAACGUCAUUUUUGAAAGUUCAAAACUUGGGUUCCUUGAAGUGCUCGAGGCAUGCCAAAAGAAGGGAAUUAAUUUAGAUCAGCAAAAUGACCUUCUAGAAACGCCACUGAUGUUUGCAUGCUACUAUGGCCACGAGGAAUGUGUUGAAUAUUUACUUUCUCUGCACACGGGCAAUAUUAACCAAACUUCAAAAGUUGGAAAAUUUCCUUUGCUUUUUGCAGCUGCAACAAAUCAUUUUAACGUCUGCAACAUGCUUCUCCAACACGGGGCGGACAUAAAUUUAAAAGACAGCGACGGCAUUGGCCCAUUGCACAUUGCCAUAGGAAGAAAACAUUUUGACUUGGCAUUGUGGUUAUUGGAGCAAGAAGAUUUCGUAAUUGACGAUGAAGCUGUGCAAAUUACAGUCACUAAAGGAAAUGCUCAAAUUCUUGAAAAACUAAGAAGCAAAAAUGCUGAUUUACUAAAAAAAGACGAAAGGUUCCGAAGCCCAGCGCACUUAGCAGCCAUUUCUGGUAACACUGAGUGUUUGGGAAUGCUAUUGGACUUGGACACUCCGAAAGUUAACAUUGAGGAAAAAUGUCACAGUGAUUAUACACUACUACACCUUGCAGCCAAAGAAGGACAUGCAGAAGUUAUAAAAUUGCUACUUGAACGAGGAGCGCAAACAAACGCUAGAGACUUCCAAGGAGUUCAGCCUCUUCACCUAGCAGUAAUUCAAUCUCACGAAGAAUGUGCUCUUUUACUGUUGGAAAAGGAUUCAAGCGGUAUUAAUGAGAGACUGCCAAGUGGUGAGUCACUAAUGCACUUUGCCGCAAAAAUGAGUGGUGGAUCAAAACUACUUGAAGAAUUAAUUAGGGCGGGCGGUGACACGACUGCCAAAAGUGCAGACGGUAAAUCUGUUAUGUCUUUUGCCAUCUCUGCGGGAAACGUUUCGGCAGUAAAAUUACUGCUAAAUGAAUUUGAUAAAGACGAAAUUAACCAUAAAGACGAUGGCUAUGGGCCCCUAGCCUUUGCAGUCCUAUUAGACCAGCCAGAAAUAUUCGAAGUGCUGGCUGACGCAGGUGCCGACUUAAAUUUGGCUGACGAUUUGGGGAGAACAGCUGCCUUCUACGCCCUUGUUAAGAGCGAUGAAGUUUUUGAGCGAAUAAUUAGUCGAGACGGUGUCAACAUUAAUGCGGAAACAAAUAAAAAGAGGUGUCUUCUGUUUUGCGCCGCUGAAAGUGGUGAAUUGAAUAAAAUGAAAAUGCUGGUUAAGCGUGGUUUGAACGUGAACAAAAAAGAUCUGAACGGGCAAACGCCUCUGACUGCAGCAAUCAGAUUAGGCCGUGAAGACAUUAUUGAUUACUUGCUCACUUUCGAAAAUUUGGAUGUGACCUCUAAACAACAUGAAGAUACGACACCUCUUCACCUAGCAGUUUCUUGCAACAAAGUUGAAAUAACAAAGAAGCUUUUGAGAAAGGUAAAUGUCACAGAGCGCUCAAGUAAGGGAAAAACGGCUCUGUACUUUGCUGUCCGCUUUGCCGGCGAGGAGAUGGUCAAGUUGCUAUUGGAGCAAGAAGGAAUCGACGUCAACGCCCAAGAGGAAGAAGGCACGACACCACUUCACAUGGCCGCUAUGAGGGACCUGCCAAAUUUGAUUCAAAUUCUUCUUCAAAGCGGAGCCAACCCAAACAUUCCAGAUUGCAAAGGGAACUUACCCCUGCACAAUGCCGUGGAAAGCUCGUUCAACAAAAGUACAGCUGCACUUGCUCAAGUGACCAAACCAAUUGAUGCAAAAAAUAAAAAUGGUCAGACUGCAUUGCACCUUGCAAUAAAUAAUUUAAAUUUGGUAAAUAUGCAAAUUCUUGUCAACGUAGGGGCAAACGUAAAUUCGCGCGACUCCAAUGGCGAAUCGCCCUUGUAUUUGGGAGUAUUUUAUGACUACGAAGAAUGCCUACAAAUUCUAACAUCGAAAAACGCGCAAAUAGACUUUGAAGAGCGAUUUCAUAAUUUGACUUUACUGCAAGUCGCCUAUCAAGAUAGAAAUUUCCAUGCCUUUCGAUUCUUAGUUCAGCGACGUUGCAACCCUUUCCGUGAUCUAGGCCCAUACGAGUUAAUCCUAUACGACUGCCUCCGAGGUUCUUGCAAAGAGAGCAAUGAGCAAAUUUUCACUUUCCUCUGCCAACAAGAAGUGGUGAACCUCAACUGCCAACUCUCGGCCGGAGUGACGCCGUUGAGCAUGGCAAUUAGCAUGGGAUUUGAACCAGCAACCAGGGUUAUUUUGGAAAGAGGCGCCGACGUUAAUCAACGAAACGAGUCUGGCGAGACGGCCCUGAUCAUGAGUAUAGUGGCAAACCAUCCUACGCUGAUGCAAAUCCUUUUGCAACAUCCUGAAGUUGAGGUUGACGCAACAGAUUCGGACGGCUUGACUGCUUUGCACUAUGCAGCACAGGAUGGUCUCUACAAAGCAAUGGAAAUUUUGCUGCAAAAUGGAGCAGACGCCAACUUGCAAGACGCAAUUGGGUACACCUCUUUGCACAGAGUGCUGCAAUCGGGAAACCUGGAGUGCAUAAAUCUUUUGCUUUCAGUGCCAAACGUCAAUGUCAACCUACGAGAUCGUCUGAAUGGAUUUGCGCCAGUCCACAUGGCACUGGCAAUGCGCCUUGAAGACGCAGCUCUGGCACUAGCGGAGAAAGAAGAUGCAGAUGUAAAUUUGAGGGUCUCCUUGCCUUCCUUACAUGAUACCUAUAUUGGGUUUACACCCCUCCACAUAGCUGCUGCCCACGGCCUUACACGAUUUAUUCGACGGCUUAAAGAAAAAGGUGCCCAGUUAGACAUCCCAGACGCCAAGGAACAGACUCCGCUUCAUCUGGCUGCAAAUAAUAGUCAAGAAGAAGCAAUAAAGAUGCUCCUAGAAGAGGGUGUGGAUUGCAAUGCAAAAGACAAUCAAGGGCAGACACCUCUCUUUUUAGCAGCCGCUGCAGGAAAUAAUAAGUGCGUCUUUGCUUUGUUAAAAGACGUCCGUAUAAAAUUGAAUGAGACAAAUGCGAACGGAGAAACGGCAAUUUUAACAGCGGCAAGGAACAAGCAUUGGGGUGUUGUGCAAAUAUUGAUUGAUUAUGAGGCUGACCUCGAAUUAAAAGACUCAAAUGGGCACUGUGCGUUGGACGAAUUAAGUAACUUGUAAAUUAUAAUUACGUAUAAAAGUUUUUUAUGUAAAUUUUGUAUUUUUAGUUCACUAAUAACCUAUUAAUGAAUUUAUAGUAUAAAUAUUUUAAAUAAUAUUCAUAAUAAAUUUUAUAAAUUAUAAUUCAAAUGAAAUUUA